CGCUGCGCGGGCGCCAGUCCCCGCUAGCCCCGCCGCGUGACACCACGCCGCCCGCGCCGUUACCGCACGUGAAUAAAAUGCAGUUUUACCUCACAUAGAGAACCUCUACCUCCUUACAACAUGGAUCACGUUAUUCUGCCCCUACUCCUAGCCUUAAGCGCCUUUUCCGCCAUCCAAGUUGUGUCUUCCGAAUCGCCUGCACUACUCCUGACGCCACUAAUCAAACAAAACAAGACUUCAGAGGCCAAGACCUUCUCUGUAGUCGACAAAAAACUCUUCCUCAACAUCACCAGCCACGCCGGAUUCCUCACAGUCGACGAAAAAUACAACUCCAAUACAUUCUUCUGGUAUUUCCCCGUGGUGGAUAAACCAGUCAACGAGACCCCUUGGAUCAUAUGGCUGCAAGGCGGACCUGGUGCUUCCAGUCUGUCUGGCCUAUUUCUUGAGAUUGGACCCUUUCAAUAUGACGGAGAGUUGAAACGUCGCGAGAUGUCAUGGAGCCGGGACCACUCCAUGCUGUUCAUCGACAACCCCAUCGGCACCGGCUACAGCUUCACGGAUCACCAGGAGGGGUUCGCAACCAGCCACGACAUGUACUCGAACCACCUGUACAGCGCGUUACAACAGUUCCUGACAAUCUUCCCGGAGCUGCGCACAGCUCCAUUAUACAUAGCCGGGGAAUCGUACGCAGGCCGCUACGUGCCCGGGCUGGCUUCCCGGGUGUUGGCGGCGUCACCACUGCCUGAGGAGUGGGCUGUCAAUCUACAGGGUCUGAUACUCGGCAACCCGGUACAAAAUCGCGAUGACGUGGUGAACCUGACGGCUGCGUUCUACCAGUGGGGCCUGGUGGACAACCAGGGCAUGUUAGAAGUGAAGACAUUGCAAGAUCUGUAUGCUGCGGCAGUAGUCCAGAACAAGAGCCAGCUUGCUUAUGACCUCCGCAACCAGCUCUUGGACAAACUGAGCGAUAUCUCUAAUCAGAAACAAACAUACAACGUGCUGGCGGACGACUACCAGCUGCAAGGGUAUGUGGAGUUUCUGGCCAGAGAAGAUGUCAGGGAAGCGAUCCAUGUAGGCAGCAUCAGAUUUGCCUUCUCCAACACCACGACACAGGAGAAACUUGUACCAGACUUCUUGACACGCGUGCAAACAGAUAUGGAAAAGCUUCUGGAUCAUUACAGGGUCAUGAUUUAUUGUGGUCAGCUGGAUUUGACAGUCCCGUGCGUUCCCAAUUCAGACGCGCGCUGGAACAAGUGGCAUUGGGGUCAUAAGCAAGAGUUCGUUUUAGCUCCUAGAACAACGUGGUGGUUCAACGAGUCAAUAGCUGGAUACGUCAGGUCCGGUGGCGGUUUAACAGAAGUACUAGUGCGGGGCGCGGGACACCUCGUACCUAUCGACAAGCCAGCCCCGACCCUGGAGCUCGUCUCCACCUUCGUCAAGGGCAUAGAUAUCGACAAGACCUCGCGUCAAAUUGCCACCACUCCCAAAUCCGUUCCCACUCCCAAACCUGUCGCUCCCAUAUCCGCCACCACUCCCAAAUCCACUGAAAUACCUCAACAUAAAGAGAAUACUAGCGCCCCUACCGUGCCGCUUAGCACUACAGAUGCCACUAUCACUCCACAAGCAUCUGACAAUGAUACCACAAAAUCUAAGACAAGUAAACCACCGUCUAAAGUCAACCCCGCACAACCGUACCAAAGUCAAGUUGAUACAAAGUCAUCUUCAAUCCAAAAUAGUUCCAAGGUGACUAUAGUGAGACCCGGUGAAGACAGUGGCCCGUCCGCGGGUACGAUUGUCAGCAUUACUCUAAACGUGUUUUUGGCCUUAUGUCUUAUUUUUGGCGGAUAUUUAUACUACAGACAGAGAAAAAGAAAUGAGGACUUCUUCUAUAAUAACGUAGAUAAUAAUUCUGAUGAUAUAUUUUUAACAUAGUUAAGUAAGUAGUAGUAGUUUGGGCGGAAAGCAAGAGGGUAACAACUGCCCUAUUUUUCCCUAAAAGUAGCAUUAAGAAUGCUAGACCAACAAGAGCGUGGCUCUUAAAUUAGUGAUGUGAUGAAGUAAGUUUAAUUUUAAAUUCUAAACAUCUCUUUUCUAACAUUUACCAUGGCUCAGUGGUAAAUCCUAAGAUUAACCGGAUUUGAUUAUAUAGAAACUACUGUGUUCCUCCUUUAUUGCGUCUCAAUGUUUUGGGAUACUUAUCUUAUUCUUUGACCAAGUUAUUAUCUUCGUUGUCUAUCGCUUUAUUUCCACUUAGUGAGAUCUCUAGUGUACUUUUGUAAAUAUAUGAUUUUAUUGGACUGUCGUUUGUAAGUACCAUUUAGAAUUUUAGAUCUAUCGAGGAAAGUGUGUGUAUUAAUUAAUACGUGUGAGUGUAAGUGUGUAAGGGUGAUGGAUGAUAGAAUCCACACUUAUAAAAGUGAAAGUAACACUGUUCGUCUAUCACGUCACGUCGUCUACACGUCAAACGGGUUGCAUAACUUGCAUACCAGCGAGGCACCUAUUUGAUCUGCCCGAGUUAUCCAUUCAUUCACUCAUUCGUUUUAAAAUUAACAGCUGUCAGUCAUCCGUCCCUUUCCUUUUCGGCGGAUAAGAAAAUGACAGGUAUAACUUAAAAUAAAAUUAGGAGGAGUCUGCAGGAAUCGGGGCCAUUGAUGGCUUGUCUGUAUAUACUUAAAAUAAUUCUUUCGGAAAUAAGUGUGUUUAGAAUAGUCAAAUUGUUGUGAAAAUUUUGAAUGUGAUUUUAUUUUAAUUUUAGAGUCUGUUAAUAAUAUAGCCAUAUAAGAUAGAUAAUAAAAAAUGUUUACAUAUA